AUGGCGAGUUUGCUGUGCCAUCUUCUUUCUUCUUCAAAGUGGGAAAGUAAUGAAGCUGAAACCAGUACAUUCAUAUCAACUCUUGGCUACACGUCAGCAGAUUAUUAUUGUCACUUAGUUAAAAAUAUGGUCUUUUCAUUAGUAACAGAACUCAGAGGAAAUAAAUUCAAUGGACUUAACAUUCAGGGGAGAGUUUCAGCCAGUCAUGUGAAUGCUGUGUCCCUUUCCUGUCUGCCUCUCAUUACUUUGCCUGAUCUAACACCAUUGCUGGAAACUCUCCUUCUUUACCAUGGAGGUGCAUCAAAAGAAAUUCUCAGUUCAGAGUUUCUAGAGGCUGUGAAUGAGGCUUUUUUAAAGAAGAAGAUCUCCCUCCCUGAAUCAGCUGUCUUCAGCCUCUGGCUUCGUCACCUACCAAGCCUGGAAAAAGCGACAUUAUAUCUUUUAGACCAGCUGAUUUCCAUUCAGUUGAAUUCACUGGAAGAAAUGGCUUGGGUCAUAAAAGACUCGCUACUGCCACAAGCAGCAAGCCAUCCUGCCAUUUUCAGAAUUGUUAAUGAAAUAUUCAAGAAUGCAUUGCUGGAAACUGAUGGAACUCCAGAAGUUAUGACCAUAAUACAGGUGUUUACACAGCUCUUCCUUCAGGCUCAUCAGGAUGAAAACAAGCAGCAUAAAUUUCCACUGAAGGCCUACUUCCCUUACCAUUACCAGCCUCUUGUAACAGCUUUACUCAGACGUCCUUUUGAACUGCCAACUACACACUGGUCUCAACACUUGAAACACAUUUCAGAUAUGCUCAAAGCAUUAGUAGAAGAUACAAACGUUAGUUCUCUUGCUGACCUUUUUGAAAUCUGGUUUUUGGUUGCUCGCUUUGGAGAAUGGCUGGAUAUUGCGGCAGAACAAUUACUGAAGGCUGCUGUAGAACCAGAUGCUUUGCUGUGGCUGCUGGCAUUUUACUACUGUCCUCAGAAUGAAAAUCAACAAAGGACUCAAACAAUGGUAGAAGCUCAAGCAGUCUACAAUCAUUUAAUGAUGUUCUUCAGCUGUACAGUCCUUUCCAUCAAAGACCUGGAGGCUGCUGUACACAGUAUAACGGAUAUAGAGCAGUGUCAUAACCAGCAUCUUCUAACACAUCUUCUUACCAACUUUUUACUCUUUUCUUCUGGUGGACAUAUGAUUGCCCAGGAAUUUUUUUGCCAUAUUACUGAGACAACUGAUACAAGCAAAGAAGUUUGUAGCCUUCUUAUCCGUACUGCAUACAGAAUUAACCGUAAUGGUGAAAAAAACCCAAGGACUGUGAAGCUGCUGAAUGAACUUCUUCAAAAACUAACAUUGAAAGUUUAGAUAUUU